AUGGAGGGGUGGGGUCGGGGUGGAGAGUGGGCCCCUGCAGCAGCCACGGCAUCGGGGGGACAGGAGGUGAAAUGGAACCCACGCACUGAAAAGAAACGAGAGCCCCGAAGCGCACACUGGUCUUUCUUUUCCAGCCCAUCACACCUGUUUACAAGAGGAAACGGUGAUGUCACCCACUUCACACUUGCGGACAAUGGUGGCUGGAAGAAAGCAACAGGUCAUGAGGGGUGGUGGGAGGAGGGAGGAGGAGGGAGGAGGGCCUGAAGAAGCUCUCUGUUUUAUUUACCAUGGAUACUAUGUUUUGGCCUCUCGGGCUCCAGCACAAUAACACUUGCGGGUUCAAGUUCCUGCCGUCCCCCUAUUCUCUGUCUCCUUCCUUUAAUUCUGCACCAGCCUCCCACUCAUGCAUCAUAUGGCCGGGGCUCAAAGACAUGAAUUUCCCAUCUAUUGAGACUUCUCUGUAAUUACCUUGAGAGGAGGAGGAGGAGGAGGGGGAGGUGAAGAGGAGGGGGCCACAUAUUAAAAGUGCCUGAAAAAGAAAUACUCUGCAUUCUUCUAUCACUCUUCACAAACGCAAUAAAAGAAUGAAGAGAGGGGAGGGGGAGGUGUCGGGUAUGAGGGUACAUAAAAAUGGGGUGCGUUCCAGGAGAGUCGGUCCCCGGAGGGAAUCUGAAUAAAUUAAUCACAGCGAUUGGCUUUCUUUUUUUUUUCUCACCUCCUCUCCUCCGCUAGGACGCCGUCAUCUAAUUGGGCCCUGCCUCGGCGCGGCGCUCCGAUUGGCCGAGAGGGAAUGUGAGAACCUGGAGACCCCGGCCAGCGAGGCUGACAGGGGCUCAAAGGGCAGCUUCUCCUCCCCGACUUGA